AUGGCUAAGUAUAAGAAAUGGAUGAAGGCUAACAAAUUGAGUCUUAUGAUCAUGAAGAGAUCCAUUUCUGAUCACAUAAAGGGUGCAAUUAAGGAUAAUGAAAAUGCAAAAGAUUUCCUGAGUGCCAUUAGACAGAAACUCCUAGAAUCUGAUAAAGUUGAGAUAGGUAGCCUAAUUAAUUCCCUGUCUACCAUAAAGUGUGACCUUGUAGGUAAUGUCCGUGAUCAUAUUAUGAAAUUGGUUAACAUUGCUACCAAAUUGAACAAUUUAGGUGUAACCAUUACCGAUGAUUUUCUUGUUCACCAAUCUCUAAGGUCCCUUCCUGAGCAGUUUAACCAACUUAAGACAACCUAUAAUGCACAAAAGGAUAAGUGA